CCACCUCCUCACUCCGCCAUCCGCCUCACGCCGCGCCUCCGCCCUCUUCCUCCCCCCUCGGCUUCGAGGGUUUUUUUUUUUCUUCUUCUUUUUUCUUUUUUUCUUCUUCUCCUUUUUUGUUUCUCGUUUCUUUUUUUUUUCGGUUUCGGGGGAGUUGGAUUCUUGAUUCCUUCCUCCCCCUGAGGCCAAACCCUAAUAAUAAUCUGAUCCCUGACACGAGAGCGGAGGCGGAGGAGGAGGUGGGGGAUCGAUCGAUCGCGAUCGAUCGAUUGAGUGAUUGGUUGAUUGAUCGACAUGCAGCAUCAGCAGCGGAUGAAGCAGGCGGCGGCGGCGGCGCAGCAGCAGCAGAUGAUGCAGCAGGCGCUGCUCAUGCAGCAGCAGCAGGCUGCGGCGGUGGCGGCGGCGGCGCAGCAGCAGCAGGCGCCCUUGUUCCCCCCGCACCACCCGCACCCGGGCCUCCUCGCGGCGCCGCAGAUAGAGCCCAUUGUUAGUGGCAACCUGCCUCCUGGAUUUGAUUCAAGUACAUGCCGGAGUGUGUAUGUUGGCAAUAUCCAUCUUCAAGUGACGGAUUCACUGCUACAUGAGGUCUUCCAAAGUAUUGGUCCAGUAGAAGGAUGCAAGCUCAUCAGGAAGGAAAAGUCAUCCUUUGGUUUUGUUGACUAUUAUGACCGUAGAUCUGCUGCAAUUGCAAUUGUAUCACUCAACGGUAGACAAUUGUUUGGCCAGCCAAUAAAAGUCAAUUGGGCAUAUGCAAGUACUCAAAGAGAGGAUACAUCAGGCCAUUUUAAUAUUUUUGUUGGCGAUCUUUGCCCGGAAGUAACAGAUGCUGCUUUGUUUGCUUUUUUCGCUGGAUUUACCAGUUGCUCAGAUGCUAGGGUAAUGUGGGAUCAGAAAACUGGACGAUCCAGAGGUUUUGGUUUUGUUUCUUUCAGAAAUCAGCAGGACGCACAAAAUGCCAUAAAUGAACUGAAUGGGAAGUGGCUCGGCAACCGUCAAGUUCGUUGCAAUUGGGCAACAAAGGGUGCUAAUGCUGGUGAAGAGAAACAAAAUACAGACUCCAAGGGUAUGAUAGAGUUGACAAAUGGUUCAUCAGAAGGUGGAAAGGAUAAUGCAAAUGAAGAUGGUCCUGAAAACAACCCACAGUACACGACUGUUUAUGUUGGCAAUCUUCCUCAUGAUGUCAACAGCAAUGAUGUGCACAGAUUUUUCCAUUCACUUGGGGUUGGUUCAAUUGAGGAGGUGCGUGUAACGCGUGAUAAAGGUUUUGGCUUUGUGCGUUACAGCACCCAUGAAGAAGCUGCUCUAGCAAUUCAGACUGGUAAUGGACAACUUAUUGGCGGUAGGCAGAUCAAGUGUUCCUGGGGAAGCAAGCCAACUCCACCAGGGACAGCAUCCGCGCCCCUACCCCCUCCAGCACCAGCACCAUUCAAUCCUGGCAUGUCGGCGACCGACCUCCUAGCCUACGAGCGCACCCUGGCGCUGAGCAAGAUGGCAGCGAACCCGGCCCUGAUGAGUCAGCACGCCGCCCUAAAGCAGGCUGCCGCCAUGGGGAUGGGCGCCGGAGCCAGCCAGGCCAUCUACGACGGCGGCUACCAGAGUGCCAACGCCGUCUUCUACUAGAGUGACCUGAGUACCUGACCCCCCAUGAAGCAGACCACCACCAUUGCCUGCCUGCCUCUGUAUGACCAAGGAGGAUGAUGAUGACCCCUCCACCCCCUUAUACAUAUAGUAGAUGAAGCCUUACCUGAACCUCUCCUUUUCUACCUUUGUUAUUUGCCAAUCUAGUAAUCUUCUCUUCGCUGGAUGCUGGCUAUAUAUAUAUAUCUAGAACAUAUAUAUAAUGUUUUUCUGCAUUUUUAGAGAUAUGGAAACGACCUUUGGUAUUUGGAUGGUUCCCUCUGUUACUAUCAUCGUAUCAUGUCGGUGUCAUAUUGUAUUGCUCUAUGCGCAUUUUUUUUUUAAUUUUACCUUGCUCUCAAUUAACGAUA